GGUAUCUAUAAUUCUUCUCAACGAAGUGAACGGUAGUUACUUACUUACCUCCAGAUGUCUACAUUCCACGUGACCGGGGACACUUUCCUAAGACUAUGAAUUGGUGUGUGCUGAUAAUCAAUCAUUAACGAGGGGCGAUUAUGAUUUUCUUAUCUAGUUGGGUCUGUUUUAGCGUACGCAAAGGGCGAUAUUACACCGGUAUGGUGAGAGAUAAGAAGAAUGACUGAUAUACUACGUAGGUAUCUUGCUGCAUCGCAAUUUGAUAUAAGGAAGACGACGAGUCUCAUUAUUUAUUUGGUUUUUGUGGACAGGAACUAUCAUCAUGCCUUCAGCCAUUGCCCCUGCAAGUCUUCGUCGUGUUGAUUUUAACGACCUUGACAAGGUCAUCUCUACAAUUGAACAGGACGGUGGUGUGAUCCUGACUGGAUUCACGACUCCCGAAGUGGUCGCGCAAGUCAACUCGGAGGUUGAGCCUUACUUGAAUAACGACAAGCCUUGGAAGGGCAAGCUUUUCCCUCCAGAGACCCGCCGUUGCACACGACUGUUAGGCCGCAGCAAUACAGCUCGUCGCGAAUGGGUCGGCAGCGAUAGACUAUUCGAUAUCCUAAACCAUUUCCUGUCCAAAACCACUACUAUUUUCUACGAUGAUGUACCAACCACGCACACAACCCUUCCCAUCUUGUCCACAGCGGCCACGAUUGAUGUCAGACCAGGAGCCAUUGGCCAACGCAUCCAUCGAGACGACAAGGUUCAUCAUGUUGACCAUGAGGACAUGACCAGCACUGGCUAUAAGCUGGGUUCGGACGUUAGUAUGUCGCUUUUGGUCCCUGGUGUCGAAUCUACAGAGGAGAACGGUGCCACAUUGGUCUUACCUGGCUCCCACCUUUGGGGAGACAAGCGUGCUCCUCGCCGAGAAGAAGCCUCCCGGGCGACCAUGGUCCCAGGCGAAGCGCUUCUGUUCCUAGGCUCCAUGUAUCACGCUGGCGGCGCUAAUCAGAGCACCAGCACCAACCGUCCAGUGCACGGCUUGUUCUUCUGUCGCGGUACGCACCGUGCAGAGGAGAACUUCUACCUCGAAUUUCCCACGGAGGAGGUUCGCUCGUGGACGGAGAAGGAGCAAAUUCGUACUGGGUACAAUAUCUCGUCUCCGAAUCUGGGCUUUAUCGACUUCGUCAGUCCUAUGCAUAUUAUCAAUGGUAGAUGGAAGCCCGACGAGGCUCAAUACUAUGAGGAUUUGGAUUAAGCAUGAGAGAGACAUUGUAUGUAUGUACAUACGUCACUCUUCAAGAUGGACAUGAGAUUAACAGCACAAUAUCUAUAUAUCCG